AUGCGCAUCAGUAAUGAAAUAAAGCGCUUUGCUGAGGACACCAACCUGAAACACACACGAGAGGAAGGGGCUCCCCGCCCCCGCGCCCCGCCAGGUGCAGCGGCCGUGCGCUCCCAGCGGAGGCGCCCCGAGGCGGGCGGGAGGCUCCGGGAGACGCGGACCUGCCGGCCGCGGCUGCGGGAGAGCCAGGGAGCCCGCCCGGGCUCGGACGGGCGCUGCAGCCCCGGCGCCCCUUACCUGCUCCGGGCGGCCGUGGCCGCGGGAGGCGCGCUCGGUCCGGCGCAGGCAGCCCCGGCCGAGGUAAGGAGGCUGCUACCGCGGCCGCCGCGAAGGACAAUCAGCAGCCUGCGGACUCGGCACCGCCGCGGCGGGCGCAAGACGCACGAGUCCGGGAGCCCGGCCCCCGCUCCAGCCCGCAGCCCCGCGGCGGGGCGGGGCCGAGGCCGGAGGGGAGGGGCGGGGCGGGGCCGCUCCGCCCGCGGGGCGAGAACGCGGUGGACGCUGUGUAAGAGGCGCCUGCUGAUUGGCUGCGAUAGGGGUGCACGUCUCCGAUUUGAAGACAGGCUCGCCAGCAGCGCUCCCUCAUUGGUCGAGCCUACGAUCCACCAUCCUUCGUUAACUAGUGCUGACCUGGAAAUGAGAAGCUUCCUCAUCAAGCCACUUGGAAACUGAGUGACUCCUUCUUGCACACAGAAGAUUAAGAAAUGCGUAAGGAGGAGCCAUUGCGGAAUGGAAAGCCUUGGUGCUGCGGCAGGAGAAACAAUCUGCGGGUGUGCACACACAGACGUCGCGCUGCCAACUAAGACGGCGCUUGAGGGGACGGCACUCUUGUUUUGUUGCCUCUAUUUUCUUAACUCGUGUAGUUUUCUCAUGACUACCCCUUUAUCCCCAAAUUCCCUCUCCCUGGUAAAUGAGCAGGAAACAAAGGAACUUAAUAGAUAAGUCUCUGAGAUCUGAGUUUAAAUUCUAAGAUUAAAAAAACAGAAACCAUGUAAGCAAAAAAAGAUAGAGAGAGACACACUAAAUAAUAAUAAAUUUGAGAUUACAGACCUGACUGAUACCACCUCAGGCAGGUGAUCAAGGCCAAUGUCAAGAGUGAUGACAAGUCAUGUUGACAGUGUGUGUGGUCUUCCUUCCCAGAACCCCGAACCCCCGUCUAAGCAUGGGAGAAACAGCAGACAAAUCCUAACAGAGGAGCACAUGCUACAAAAUAGUUAACCAGUACUACUCAAAACUGUCAAGGUCCUCAAAAACAAGACAGGUCCGAGCCCGUCACAGCCAGGAGCAGGUUAAGGAAACGUAACAAGUAAACGUAAUAUGGUAGCUUAGAUGGGAUCCUGGAAGAGACAAGCAACGCCGUGUAAAACUAAGGAAAGCUGAAUAAAGUAUGGGCUUUGGUUAAUCACAAUGUAUCAAUAUUGGUUCAUUAAUUGUGAUGAACGUGCUAGGUUCCUAAAAGGGAAAACUAGGUGUGUGGUAUAUGUGAACUCUCUGUACUAUCUUUGUUAUUUUUCAAUAAAGGUAAAACUGCUUUAAAAAUGAAGUUUACUUUUAAGAGAUUAUAUAUAUGUUUGCGCACGUGUAUAUAUGUAUACACGAAGGAUACUGAAGUAGCUCAAGAGCUCGUGGAAGAUCUGGACACCCAAGGUUGGGAAGAAGCAGUCAGGUCCGCAGCAGCCCCUCUCAACUGUGGCACUGCAUUCAGUGCGACUCAGCUCUGUCAUCCCUCAGGCACUGUGUCCCUCGGUCCCACGUUUCAGUCCCCAAAGAGAAGAGCCCAUUGCCUGCGCCUGGCUGUCUUCACCCUGCCCAGGUUUUGGUGCUAGAAUCAUGGCUGCUGUCCCCAUGCCUGUGUCCAGGCGACCAGUUCAUAAAAGGGGAAGCUGUGACCCAGGCAGGUCCCUUUCUGGAAAUACUGAGUCAGAUGCUGUAAGUUAAGAAGAGGCUUAGCUGAUAAAGUCAAUAGCCUAAAACUUCAAGGCCAGAUGUCCCAAAACAAAGGACAAAGGAGCAUCCUUGUCAUUUGCAUUUGCCAUUUUACAUGCUAGAAAAGCUCUUCUGUUGAUUACUACAUUUUACGAAAUCAAGAUUCAUAAAAACUGAUUUCUAAAAGAAAUUGGUUUAGCCCCCAAGGACUCACGCCAACUCUCCUGACUUCUAAAUACAACUCCUUAACUUUUUAAAAAACUAUUUUAAGGAAAGUCUGCAAAGGUUCACGGUGAUGGAAACCAUGGAAGUUUUGCCACAUUGGUGCAGAGGCAGGGAGACCAGUGCAAUGGAGACCCCCCUAGGAGAGGCCUGGGAUGGUCAACGACUGAAGGGCUGCCGCCCCCCAGCCUCUGCUAGGCCACGUGGCUGGCGCCUUGGCAGAAAUUAGGAAAAGACACCACUCUUCAAGAUACUUCACUUCCGUUUGCUGGAAAUUUGCUGUAAUAUGCUGCUUUUGGUAGAACAAGACACUUCACUCCCACCUGCCAGGACUAAUAAAACUACAAACGUGUGAUACCUAUGACAUAACCACGGUUGCCUGUGUGCUGCCCAAGCUAUGUGACCCUAUGCUGUCACUCUGGGCGCCACCGCCUGCUACGAGCAAGUGUCAUUUAUUUAGAGCUUGGCAAGCUUGAGCUCACUUUCAUGCCUCCUUGUAUAUGAUUCUCCCAACAGAGUGGGCGUUCCAGCUGUCACAGGUAAUCGUUAUUUUGUUUACCUUGGAUUGAAAUAAAGAACGCAGCUCUUGCACUGAUCCUGUAAUUGCAAUGCCUUUAACCGUAACAGUGGGGUAACAGCAGUUGUGGUGCUGA